UGUUUCGGCGACCAAGAAGUUAGUUGGCAAAUAGCUACGUUAAUUUUAAAAUUAAAACAAAAUUCUUAUAACCAAAGCGCAUAAAGAAUGAGAAGAGUCACCUUAUUUGUUAACGGGACAUCUAAAAAUGGAAAGGUUGUAGCAGUUUACGGGACCUUGUCCGACUUACUAUCUGUAGCCAGCAAUAAGUUAGGAAUCAAAGCCUCCUGUUUGUACAAUGGAAAGGGUGGUCUCAUAGAUGACAUUGCUCUCAUCAGAGAUGACGAUGUGCUGUAUGUGUCUGAAGGAGAUCCAUUUAUUGAUCCUCAGAAUGAAGCCAAGGUUGCAUCUGAUCCGCACGGAGCGCACACAGACUGGCUAACUCUCAAUAUCGGUGGGCGUCUCUUCACCACCACCAGGAGCACCCUGGUCAGCAAAGAGCCAGAGAGCAUGCUUGCUCACAUGUUUCGGGAAAAAGAUGUGUGGGGAAAUAAGCAGGAUGAGCAUGGGGCGUACCUGAUUGACCGCAGCCCUGAAUACUUUGAGCCUAUUCUCAACUACUUGAGACAUGGUCAGCUCAUUAUGAAUGAAGGCAUGAAUAUACGAGGUGUCCUUGAGGAGGCUCGAUUCUUUGGAAUUGAGCAGCUUGCUGAACAGCUGGAAGUAGCAAUCAAGAACUCACAACCCCCUGAGGACCACUCUCCCAUUUCCCGCAAAGAGUUUGUUCGCUUUCUUUUGGCAACACCAACCAAAUCAGAGCUCCGCUGUCAGGGACUUAAUUUCAGUGGCGCCGAUCUGUCCCGACUUGACCUACGCUAUAUCAAUUUCAAGAUGGCAAACCUCAGUCGCUGCAAUUUGACACACGCCAACCUGUGCUGUUCCAAUCUGGAGCGGGCUGAUCUUUCUGGAGCCAACCUGGACGGUGCCAACUUACAAGGGGUGAAGAUGCUGUGCUCGAAUGCCGAGGGAGCCUCUCUCAAAGGAUGCAAUUUUGAAGAUCCAUCUGGACUGAAGGCCAAUCUGGAAGGUGCUAAUCUGAAAGGAGUUGACAUGGAAGGAAGCCAAAUGACCGGUAUCAACCUGCGUGUGGCCACUCUCAAAAACGCCAAGCUGAAGAACUGCAACCUGCGGGGAGCCACUUUAGCAGGGACGGAUCUCGAGAACUGUGAUCUCUCUGGCUGUGAUCUACAAGAAGCCAACCUAAGAGGCUCCAAUGUGAAAGGAGCCAUUUUUGAAGAGAUGCUGACCCCUCUGCACAUGUCCCAGAGUGUCAGAUAACUCAACACACACCUGCACAUCCAGUGUGGGCCACAACUGGCUUCUUUUUUUGCUGUUUUCCUCCAGCCUCUCAUACAGUAUAUUCCUCUCCUUUCAAUCUCUCUUUACCUGUAUGCAGUACAGGUAUUUGUAUGCACAUCCCUGGCAUUCCACCAAUAUUAUGUUAGCUUUAAAUAUCUUGCACUAGAAGUUAUCCAGGGUUGUUUAUGUAUGUUUGUAUGGUAGGAUGUUUUUAAAUGUUCAGCUGCAUAUAUCACCAAAACAAAGUAAUGUUACCAGUGUGUGUAGAUGUAUUUGGAUCCAAUCCAUACUCGUUUUAUGUUUCACAUAAUUUAUAUUUACUUCAUGUUACUUGACAUGUUAAUAGGAUUCAAAAUCAGAUUACCUGUGAGCAGUGAAGUUCAGAGCACUGAGCUUCACUGGAUGCUGCUGUAGCAGAAACAGAAGUGGUUACUUACCUAUAACUGUGUCAAUAUAUAUUCCUCUUUAAGUAUAAAACUUAAUUUUGCUGGAUAUAACAUAUUAUAAAGAAAGCAAUGCAAGCCAAAGCCAUAUGAUAGCACAGUCUAAAAGGCUAGAAGUGCUAUUAGUGCACCACAAAACUAUGCGACAGGCUAGUUUUAAACACAGCUUGGUUAUGCAAUAUGUGAUUUAGAGCUGUGAGGUUUCUCCUUUCCUACUUUAAAAUAUUGCUUUCUUAAGCUUUCCCUUGUUUGUGAAUCUACCUCUUUUAUUAAUCCGGUGUGUGAGUGAUCCACAAUUGCAUGCAUUUGAAUGUGGCAUGGCUUAUUGUAACGUUUAUGUAUGUUAUUUGUUAUUCUGCAGAUUCUCAUUAUGAGGAGAUAAUCAAGCCAGAAAGCCAUUUUUCAUGUGUUGAUGUUGUUAAAGUGGGAUUGCCUGGAAAAAAGAGAAAACAUGCUCUGUGUAUCUAUGUAUAUCACUUAAUCAUGCUUUGAACCUUUUUGCACAAGUAUAUGUUAACUUGUAACAUGGUAUACCCUUUCACCAAAAAUGUUUGGUGCUUGUAAUCCUAUGUAAAUCAAAUCCAGUGCUUCCAAAACUUCCCAAAAAUGUUGUUAUUAGAGUAGGCAAGUGUUGUCAACUGUUCUGUAAAGGAUGUCUCUUCAGUUUCUAUUAGACAGUGUAUGUUUGCAUGUGUGAAGAGCUAUGCUUGUCUUUGACUGGUGAAAUUUCUCUGGCUGUAGCUCAAAGCUGCUCCGAUGCAAUAGCAUUCACUCAGUUAAAUAGUAGGUACCCAGCCUGUGAGAAUGAACGAUGAAGGCAAUCACAGUGUGUAUUUCACAUUGAGUGUGAAAAUCAAUGGAGGAGCUAUGGUUAUUUAUUUUAAUACAUCUCACUGAAUGCAAUAUGGGGCAGAGGUUGAUUUGUGUUUGAGGCAGGGAGCGGUGUAGCUAUCCCUGUCUAUGAUUAUUGCACUCGACCAUGGAAACAUGUUUCCAUAAAUGACUGUUAUAAAUAAACUGCUAUGAAGAAGAAGAAAAA